AUUCUCCAAUUCCACUCGGCCUCCCUUCCUUCGCUUCCGCUUCCGCCACCACCAUUCCCCUCCCCCGCAAAACCCUAGCACCUCCCGGAGGCCGCCCCGAACCCGGCGGGGCCUAGGGGUCCUCCCGCUCCACCCCGCCUCGCGCGGCGAUGCCGCUCUUCAUGUCCGACGAGGAGCUCCGGCUCCUCGGCGGGGACGUGGCCGCGGUCGCCGAGCGGGCCGACGCCGCCAUCCGCGAGCUCCGCAACCAGGUCGACACCGUCCGCGCCGAGGCCGACGCGGCCGCCAUCGCGGCCGAGCAGACCUGCGCCCUCCUCGAGCAGCGCUUCACCGCGCUCUCCGCCGAGGUCGAGCGCUACCAGGCCGAGGCGGCCGAGCGCGCCGCCGCCUCCGAGCGCCGCGACGCCGAUCUCGCAUCCUCCCACGCCGAGAUACACCAGCUCCGCAUCCAAUUGAUUGCCAAGGAUGGCGAGGUUGAGCGCCUCAAAGUGGAGAUCUCGGAGCUGCACAAGUCCAAGUGCCAGUCGCUGGAGUUGAUCGAGCAGAGGGACAUAGAGAUACGGGAGAAGGAUGGCGUUAUCAAGAGCUACUACGAUAAGAUUCUAAACCAGGCUGAUGCUUCUGCUAGUAAAGAGGCUAGGAUACAAGAGGCUGAAGCUAAGCUAACUCACUGUCAGUCUACAUGUGAUCGCAUUGCACAGGAGAAGGAGAUUCUUGAAAAGCAUAAUCUCUGGCUUGAUGAGGAACUGACAGCAAAAGUUAAAAAUUUAGCUGAUCUAAGGAAAGCAAAUAUGGAUGAGGAGUCUAGGUUGUCAGCAAAGAUUGCAGAGCUUGAAAGAGAGAAUUCUGAAUCUACAAGUUCCUUGAGGCGAAGUAAAGAGCGGGUUUCCGAAUUAGAGCAAAGAGUAUCCUAUAUGGAAAAGGAGCUGUUCUCUGCAAAGGAUGCUUCAGCUGCUAAUGAACAGCGCCUUGGCACUGAGCUCUCAACUGUCAUGAAACUUGCUGACCUUCACAAAGAAAGUUCUGAUGAAUGGUCAAAGAAAGCGGGGGAACUUGAAGGUGUUAUCAAAGCAUUGGAGACACAUCUGACCCAAGUAGAAGAUGACUACAAGGAAAAGCUUGAGAAGGAGACCUUAGCUAAGAUUGAUCUUGAAAAGGAGGUUGCCGAAUUAAAGCAGAAGAUCGAGAAGUGUGAAUUUGAUCUAGAAAAUGCAAGAAAGUCUGGUGAAUUGAGCCUCGUUCCGUUGACCAGCAUUGCAGAAGACCUUGCUGAUUUAUCAGACACACAAAUGAAAGAAAUGACACCUAAUGCUGUAAAUCAGAAUGACCUAAUGAUAGUUCCAAGAGUACCCAGUGGUGUUUCUGGAACUGCAUUAGCUGCUUCUCUUCUCCGCGAUGGGUGGAGUCUUGCUAAGAUAUAUGAGAAAUAUCAAGAAGCUACUGAUGCUUUACGUCAUGAGAGGUGGGGAAGGAGACAUGCAGAAGCAGUCCUGGAAAGGGUCUUGCAUGAAAUUGAAGAGAAGGCUGAGCUUAUCUUAGAUGAACGAGCUGAGCAUGAGAGGAUGGUGGAAGCUUAUGCUCUAAUGGAUCACAAAUUACAGCAGGCAUUGUUGGAGCAUGACAAUUUUGAAAAUACCAUAAGGAACCUAAAGUCGGAGUUAAAAAGAUGGGAACGCGAUCAUACUAUCGCAGACAAGGAAAUAAGCGACCUUACAAAACAAGUCGCUGUUCUUUUAAAGGAAUGUCAAGACAUACAGCUUCGUUGUGGUUCUAGUCUUUCAAAUGUAGGUCAUGGUGCCUUUUCUAUGACCAUAAGGGAUGGCGUGUCUAAUGAUGAAGGCAAUGGUCAUGAGCAUAUGACAUUUAAUGAUAUUAAUGGGCUUGUCCAGCAAAAUGUUGAGCUUCGAAAUAAAGUUCACCUGCUUUCUUCUGAUCUUGACAAAAAGGACAUGGAACUCAGGGAGAGCUUUCAAGUUGAGCUGAAGAGAAUCACGGAUGCUGCUGCAUCCAGAGUUGAAAAAGUUAUGAAGAAAUCUGAAGAACAAGCAAUAAUGAUUGAAUCUCUUCAUAGAUCUGUGGCGAUGUAUAGGAAGUUGUGUGAAGAACAGCAGAAGACUCGUUCUACUGUUGAACACAUAUCCAAUAAUCUUCAAGACGAUGGCAGGAAGGACCUGAUGGUUCUAUUUGAAGGAUCACAGGAGGUCUCGAGAAAAACAUAUGAACAAGUCUCCGAGCGGGCCAGAAAACUUGAUGAAGAGUUGACUAAGUUGAGGACUGAGCUUGGGUCUUUGCGGUCUGAGCGUGAUAAGGCAGUGCUUGAAGCUGAGUUUGCUCGUGAUCGUCUUAAUGGGUACAUGGCAGAGAUUGAUCAUCAGAGGAAGGAAGCUAAUUCUGUUUCACUCAGAAACGCGGAAUUGAUGCACUUAGUAGUUGAUUAUGAAAAAAGACUCCGUGAAAGUACAGAUUCUAUGCAAGCUUUAGAGGAGAACUCAAGGAAGCUUUUAAUGGAGGUGUCUACUUUAAAGCAUGAAAAGGAGAUUUUAGUCAAGUCAGAGAGAAGAUCUUUGGAUGAGGUCCACAAUUUAACCGAGAGAGUGCACCGUCUGCAGGCCACUAUUGACACAAUUCAUACUACUGACGAGGUUCAAGAGAAUGCAAGGUCUAUGGAAAAGAGAAAUCAACAAGAGUACAUCAAACGACUUGAGAGAGACUGGGCUGAACUAAAAAAGGAGCUCCAAGAGCAACGUGAUCAUAUUCGAGUCCUGACACUUGAUAAGAAAAGUGCUUUUGACGGCUGUAUGAAGCAGGUAGAGGAUAUGAGAAAGGAGGUGCAGAGCUCAUGGAAAGCUUCUAGUGAUGCUGCAUCGAGGGCUGCUGUUGCAGAGGCGAAGUGUUCCGAUUUGGAGGCGAAGCUCAAAUCUAAAACGAUCAUAUUUAGGGAUGGUGGUCAUGACAACUCAUCAGCAACUGAGGUGAAUGAUGAGCUGUUCCGGCUGAAAGAGGAGUUAGAAAAAUACAAGGAGGAAGCACAAGCAAAUAAAAGCUAUAUGCUUCAGUACAAAGAAAUUUCAAGCUCAAAUGAAGCUGCAUUGAAGCAAAUGGAAUCUGCAUACCAGGAUUACAAAACGGAGUCUGAGAUUGCCAAAAGAAGCUUGGAAGAUGAGAUUGCUAAGUUAAGGAGUCAGUUGUCUGAAAUAGAGAAGAGAUAUGUAAUGAAGUGUGAAGAAGCUGCCAGUGCAAUUGAAGCUAAAGAGAAGGAGUUCAAUACUCUCAUGAAUGAGAUUGUGAUUCUUAGAAAUGAAGUUACCCAGAAAGUAGAACGAAUUGAGAAUUUGGAAAUUGAAUUGGCUUCAUCGAAGAGUGCUCUUGAUGAGCAGUGUAAGCGUUGGCGCAGCGCUCAAGACAAUUAUGAGAGACAGGUUAUCCUGCAAUCUGAAACGAUACAGGAACUGACAAAUACUUCUAAGCAACUAUCUUCGCUGCAGCAGGAAAUUGCAAUUCUUCGGCAAACAGCAGAUGCACAAAAGGCUGAAAAUGAUGCAUUAAGAACAUUCGGUGAACAAGAAAAGAUAGAAUUGGCAAAAGAAAAGGACGAUGCCCUUAAAAAGUAUAACGAGCUAAAUGACCAGAACAGAAUUCUGCACAAUCGACUAGAAGCUUUGCAUGUGCGCUUAGCUGAGCAAGAACGGGGUAUCGCUGGGCUUUCAUCGCAACGUACUGACUCACAUGGAGAGGAUGAUUUGCACAGUGUCGUCAGCUACUUGCGCAGAUCAAAGGAAAUUGCAGAAACAGAAAUAUCGUUGCUAAAGCAGGAGAAAUCACGGCUUCAGAUAGAACUGGAAAGUGCAUUGAAGUCCAGCAAGGAGGCACAUGAACUACUUCGCAGUCAAGCUGAUAGUGCAAGAUCAUCAAUGUUCAAGGAUGAAGAGUUCAAGUCCCUGCAGCUCCAGGUGAGAGAAAUUAAUUUGCUUCGUGAGAGCAACAUUCAGCUUAGAGAGGAGAAUAGACACAAUUUUGAAGAAUGCCAGAAAUUUCGUGAGGAGGUUCACAAGGCUAAAAUCGAGGCUGAAAGGUUGGAGAAAGUUUUACUGGAGAAAGAGGCAGACGCUGAAAUAUGUAGAAAAGAACUAGCAAUGCAGAACAUUGAAAUAGCAAAUCUAAACCAAAGGAUUUCAGAGUUGGUUGAAAAUAGUAGAGGCGUCGAUUUGAACACAUACGAGACCAUGAAGUUGACCUUGAGAGGGAAUUCAAUUGAACUUGAGCGUGCAAAAAAUAUUCUUUCUGAGAGGGAAGUUGUCAUAAAAAAUUUGGAGGAGAAGCUUGCUGGCUGUCAGUCUGAAUUCGGAGCCAGGGAAAGGAAGCUGACUGACAUUGAGGCUAGUUUGAGAUCUGAAAUUGACAGACAGAAGAAGCUCUACGGCUCCAUGAAGAAAAAGCUUGAAGUGUCAGCAAAAGAGAAGGAGGAUAGCCUUUUGAAGCAGAUUGAAGAUCUUAAAUCUACAGGUCAGAAAACUAUUUCGGAAACUGCAACUGAUCAGGUUGUAAAAGAAAAGGAGUCCAGGAUACAGACACUGGAAAGAAUGUACGAGAGGGAGAGAGAGGAGAACAAGAAAGAAAAGGCGUUCAGAAAAAAGAAUCAGAAGGCAUAUGUUGACAGCCUUGCAAAGCUAACAAAGGAGAAGAAACAAAUGGAGGAAUUAAUAGAGAAGCACAGGCAAGCUGUGAAGGAGGCGAUUGAGCAUUAUUCUGGGCAGUCAUCUCAAAUCCCGUCUGGGUCUGCUGUGGAGCAGCAAAUCCGUUCAUAUUUCCUUGCUGCUAAGCAAUGGGAGGAAUCACCUAACCCGUUCGAAGAUGGUUCAACGAGUCAGACACCACUUACUGAAACUUCCACUGUUGAUACAACUACAGCAGGUCGGCAGGUAGCAACUCCACCAAGGCCUCCUACUCAGCUUAAAGUGAUGGAGGAGAAAUCAGUUUCUACUUUGACCAGACCAAGUACUGAACAACGUAAACUAAGAAGGCCGCUUGUUCGACCCCCUCUUGAACAACGGGUUGAAGAGCCUCAGGCUGAUAGUGAUACACCAAUUGUCGAAGGUUCCACAUUACAGGACAAAGGUGGCGUGGCACUAGGUUCUGCAGCAGUUAAGGAGAAAGGUAGCAUGCCAAUGGAGCGAGGUUCUACACUAGGUCAGGAGAAAGGAGGAUCAUCACUGGAGCGUGAAACUUCUGGUGGUGUGUCUGUAUUGCCUUCUAGUCGUAAACGUCUCAUAUCGUCAUCGCAGGUGAGAGAUGAUGCUUCACAGGGAGAGGCUAGUGAUGCCAAUCCUCCAUCAAAGAAACAUAAGGAGGAAUUUUCACAAGGUACCAGUGAGAUGAAAAAUGACCAAUCGGCUCCUGAAGAUGUAACGGCUCAGGCUCCUGUGGUGUCUGUGGACAACCAAGAUGGGCAACAGCUUACAGAAGAGAUGGACAUGGAUCAGACGUCCAUUCGAAUUGAAGAGGUUGAGGAGACGAGGGAUGAUGAUGUGAGUCCUAAUGAUGACAUGGAAGAACAGACAGGUGCAUCAGUGGACAUUAAAAGCCAGGAUACUGAAGUUGAUGUUGACAACAAUGCAACUGACGUGGAAGAUGUGCCCGUCAAGUCUGAGGCUGUAGUGGAAUUAUUUGAUGAAGACCAGAAACUCGAAGGCGGGAAGGAAGAGGGACAGAUUGCUACAACCACCGACGGUGAAGAUGAGAGGGAAGAGGGGGAGUUGCCGGAGGAAUCCGAACAACAGUCGGAUAGUAGUCCCCUGCAUGUUGAUGCAGAUAUGUCAGAGGAGACUGGAGAAGGUGAGGCAACUGCUGAUCGUGCUGCGGUUGAACCAGACCAAAGCCCUCUAUCACAAUCAGCUGGAGUAGACGCCUCACCAAGCAGAUCCCCUGCACGUGAACCUUCCCCUUCUAACCCAGCUCAAGUGGGUGCAUCUUCCGAACAACAGAAUCCUGGUGCUGUAGCAGAGACUGGUGCUAAGGGUCGGGUGGUCAACUUAGCAAAAAAGAUGCAGACCAGACAAGAGAAAUUUGGCCGCAUCUCUCCUCCACCACCUUCCAGCGGCCGCAGUGGUGGCCGCGCACCACCACGGGGACGGAAGCGUGGUGGCAGUGGUGGCCAGUCGCAGUGAAGUACUACUGGUCAAUUUGACUCGGUGCCCAAUUUAGUAGGCCAGCCUUUGCAUCUGCAUCUCCCAAUUGAGUAGAUUCUUGGUAUCAAUUUUCUAGGAACUUCUAGACUUGGUGCCCGAUUUGGGUAGCUUUUGCAAUGGUCUUUCUACUGGAUCUAUUUUGUAGUAAACAUAUGUUGGGUGACAGGUUUACAAAGGUUGUGUGACUAACCAGCUCUCAUAUGUGCUAAUGGUGCUCGCCAGUUGCUAUGACACUGCAACACUAAACUUAGUCAUCCCAGUCAUGAUUUGAAGUUUAA